GUGAAUUUAAAAGAAAGGUUUAUGUAAGAUAACGAAAUAGACAUCCUCAUAACAAUUCCAGAAUUCAAGAAAAAUGAGGAUUAUGUCUAAUAUAGAGUUCAGUAAGACAUUAAUCAUAUUUUAUUAGUUUUUAAAACUAAAAAACCCUAUAAGGAUUCUAAAUUCAUUUUAGAUAUUCAGAACUUAAAAAGUUUCAUGAAACUCUUGAAACAUUAAAAGCUGAUUUACCAAUCUUUCCUGGAAGUUAUUGGUGGAAAUCUGUUAAUUCUAAUUUACAACUUAUUGAAUAAAGACGCCAAUUACUUGAUUCCUAUUUCUAAAAUUUGAUUUAAAUCAAAAAAGUUAGAGAUUCUUUAAUUUAUAAAAACUUUGUGUUAGCAGCCAAAAAAGAAAGUGAUAAAUAAGUUUAAAAAGUAUUUAUAAAUCUUAAAUUUAAAGGAGAAUAAAGAGAAAGCCAAAAAAUGUGAUAUUAACACCACAAGUAAAAAGAAAUAAUUGAUUGGUUAAUUUAUUACACCAAUUCCAAAUCCAGUAAAUUUGCCACCAACUCCUGAAUAAAGAAAAGAAAGAUCACAUUCUAUGGAGCACAAACCAACAAAUAACAAAUAGAGAAAUGAGAAUAAAAAGGCAAGCAAAUAAUCACCAGUAUAAUAAUUAUGUGAAAACUUUUAUAGGUACUUAAUUUUGGAGGAUCUAAAAUCUUUAGAGGGAUAUUAUCGAAUGCUGCAAAAUAAUGAG